GUUCACUGUGGUGUCUCGUCUCCCUGUCCGCGUGUACGCAUGCGUUUGUGCAUCUGUUUGUCUCUGCGUAUCUCUGUGUGCGUGUGUUCGUGCGUGUGUGUUCGCGUGUUCCUGGCCGUAUGCAUCUUCGCGAGUCCCCGCGUCCGUGUCCGUGCCGCGUCUCCGGGCCACGCAAGGAGCUGCGGUCCGCCUGCAGUCCUUCCUCCCCGCGCCUUCUGUGCACGGGCCGCACCAAUACAGUUUCACCGUCCCGUCCUCUCCGUUGGGCGGGACGAGCCGUUCUGCAACAUCAGAGCGACUCUCCCGCAUCGCACCGCGCGGAGCUGCUACCUCACCGCCCUCCUAGACGCUCACGGAGCACAGGGCCCUGCCGCGCGCCCUCGCGGUCUCACCGUGCCCCCGCAGAGCCACCGUGCGAGACCGGCGUUCUUUCUCCUCCCCGCGCCCUUCACCGAAGGGAAGAGGGACGCGGCAUCUGCAUGCUCCCAUCUGCUGGCAGGCAGUCCGCAGGGGACCCCAGACUAGCAGAGGCCGAGCGCGGGGCCGGAACAGUGGCCGGCCGUAGCCAGAGCCCUCGGCUGGGCGGGGCUGACGGGCUGUGCCGCGUAUCUUCCGUGGCCACAGUCGGGGGACUGUCUGCGAGAGGCCAGAGUGGGAUGCCGAGGGAGAUACACGGCUCGCUGGGCGGUGCCGGGGCUGGUGCCGGGGCUGGCCCCGCCGCUGCCUCGCUGGUGGACGGGCGGCUCUGCCCGCGAGGAGAGCUCCGCGGAGCCCCUGUGCUGGCAUCCGGAGCGAGCACCAGCAGCCCAAACCCGUCGGUGUCAGACGUAAAGGCAGCAGUUCCGCGAUCCUCCGAUGCAGCAGGACCAGCAGAAUGUUAUACAGCAAAUGGAGCUGACUAUCGUGGCACUCAGAACCAGACCUCCCAAUACGCAGGGAAACCUUGUCUUUUUUGGAAUGAGACCUUUGAGCAUCCAUAUAAUACUUUGAAAUAUCCCAACGGGGAGGGAGGGCUUGGAGAGCAUAACUACUGCAGGAACCCUGAUGGAGAUGUCAGCCCGUGGUGCUACAUUGCGGAGCAUGAGGAUGGAAUAUACUGGAAAUACUGUGAGAUUCCAUCCUGCCGAAUGCCAGGGAAUCUAGGGUGUUACAAAGACCAUGGAGAGCCACCACCUUUGACUGGCACCAGUGAGACCUCCAAUAAACUUACUAUCCAAACAUGCAUCAGUUCCUGCCGAAGUCAACAAUUUAAGUUUGCAGGCAUGGAAUCAGGUUAUGCCUGUUUCUGUGGAAAUAAUCCUGACUACUGGAGAUACGGGGAGGCAGCCAGUACGGAAUGCAACAGUGUUUGCUUUGGAGACCAUACUCAGCCUUGUGGUGGGGAUGGCAGAGUCAUUCUUUUUGACACCCUUAUUGGUGCCUGUGGAGGGAAUUACACUUCUGCUACAGCUGUGAUCUAUUCCCCAGAUUUUCCUGACACAUAUGGCACAGGCAGAGGAUGUUACUGGACCAUACAAGUCCCAGGAGCAUCUCAAAUCCACUUCAGCUUUGUUCUUUUUGAAAUCAAAGAUGCUACAGAUAUGGUGGAAUUACUGGACGGCUAUACCUAUCAUGUUCUAGCUCGUUUUAAUGGCAAGAACCGUCCUCCCCACACAUUCAACAUCUCUUUGGAUUUUGUUAUUUUGUAUUUUUUCUCAGAUGAAAUCAAUCAAGCCCAAGGAUUUGCUAUCAGGUAUAAAGCUGUGAAGGACAGUGUGCAUCAAAACAAGAUUACAGUGAAUCAGACACUUUCAGAGAAGAUACAUGAACAUGCAAAUCUCAGUAUCAAUGCAGCUCGGUCAUCAAAGAUACUUUAUGUCAUCACAACCAGUCCAAGUCAUCCUAGUAGCUCCAUGCCUGAGUGGACAAUAUAUAGUCUCACCGCGCUGCUCAUCCUAAGUGUUACAGCCAUAUUGGCAAAGAUAUUUCUCCACAUUACCAUGAAAUCCCAUCAAAUACCAUCUGCAAAUGAAAUGGAAGAUUCCAAUGAGGUUACUGCUGCUGGUGAGAUCUGGAGUAUAUUUUACCAGCCAUCCACAUCAAUAUCCAUCUUCAAGAAGAAGCUUCGAACUCAACAAGAUGAUUGCAAUCCACUAGUGGGAAACUGAAUUGUCUUUUAUUUUACAGGAACCAAUCUUCUUAAAAUCCAGGUGAUUUAGGAAUAAUCCUUUUUUUUUCAAAAAAUCCAAACUCAUACUUGUCUUCCAAAAAGUCCAUUUCCAAAGGCCUUUGAAAGACUUUGCUUGAUCUGCUGUUUUCUUUUGUAUAUUAGUGAUGACAGAUUUAAUUGAUGCAAUAAUUUCGAAAUAUUUGGUGCUCAUCAAACCUGUAGUACUGUAAGCUGCUGCCUUUAAACCAGUGCACUUAAAAUACAAGUGAAAACCUGUAAAGUUCAAAAUAUCUCACAACCCUGCCAAAAGUAAUUGAAUGAUUAUCUGCAGCUUGAGGACUUUUUGUCUUCCUGUGUCACUAUAUUAAUCAGGCCAUUUUAGUCUCUUUAUUCUCAAGGCUGAAGACAGAGGUGGAUAUUGAUACCCUGUUCAGUUGCCACAGAAGCCAGAGCUUAUUUGGCUUUAAUGUAAACAUCUCUAAAUGGCACUAUACAGUAAAUUGGGAGUAAAAGACUGAGGAAUUAUCAGCCUGGUUGCCAAUGCUCUAUUUCUAGAUUUUUCUGUUCCUACAAGCAGAGAUAUACAAACAAAAAUCAAAUCAAAUUCAGGAGGCACACUCUCAAUGGAGCGUCAGCUGCAAAUGUGUCAUUGGACUAAUUCUCACUGGGUCAAGGUGUGCAUGACACUUAUAAACAAGUAUGUAUGUGUGAGCAGUCAGAUUCACCAAUGAUUAUGACAAUUUUGCACAUAAAGUGUUCCUUUCAAAGACUAUCAUAUGCCAUUCUGAAGUCCUGCAUUAACUUUGGAUGUGAGCUUAGGACUUCUGAAAGGAUUGUUCAAGGAAAUUAUAAAUCAACUAAAUUUUUAGAUAGUGAGGCUAACACCAAUUCUCACUCCAAGGUUACAGGUAUUAAUACCAGCAGCCGUAAAUAUUUACAGAGUUGUAUUCUGCUGUCAACACCUAUGCCAGGCUGUGCAUUGGAAAACAUGCACAACAGUUGCCUUGAUAACUAACUGCUAAGAAAGUGUUUCCCUGCCUGCAAAAUUAAAAUGGCAUUGCAUUUUUAAGACUAAUUAUAGAAGAACUAAAAUAUCAGUGGGGAUCCAAUCUGUGAAAUAAUUUCUAUUUGGUUGUAACAGACAGCAUUAACUAUUUUUUCUCUUUUGUAGAAUAUCUGUCUACCUAAAUUGCUCAGACUUCUCAUCCCACCACUGGGGAUCAACAGUGAGACUUUCAGCUUCAAGUCCAGCUCAGCAAGAUACUUAGGAAAAACAGACAAUACAGCUCAGAUAGGUAGACUAGAAAAGUUUACAUUAGUGAGCAUUUCCUUAAACUAUGUUAGUGACAUUAAAGUACAGUACAUGUAAUUCCAGUUAGAACUGGAAUUUAUUCCUUAGAAAAGGAAUAAAUAUAAGUUUAAGCAUACCAAUACUCUAUACACCAGACCUGUGAUCUGAGAACAACUGCUCAAUGCAUCUGCAAAAGAUAAUGAAGAAAAGUAAGAAAAUUGACACAGUUUGCAUUCAUUAUAGUAUUUGUCAUUCUGUUUUUAAACUCUAAAGCCCUUCUCUUCAUGGAGACUAUAGUUUUCCUUCAAAAAUUUGGGCAUCUUUUAGAUGGAACAGUGAAAUAUUGUGCCUUACUUGCCAUUCUACAUCUAGUCUUUUACCUGAACUAAAUUAAUUCCAACUCCAUUUAUGUACCAUAGAUGACUUCCACAAUUGCACAAUAAAUGCUUAAUAGAAAAAGGACUUUACUAAGCCAGCAGUUAUGGAAUUGUUUAUAUCAGAAUCAGAAUAUUAUGGAAACAUCUAGCACAUUUUGCAUGAACUGCUGGAAAGGUUACAGGAAAAAAUAAUUAAGUAUGGCCAAAAAUCAAGAUUGGAAGUGUUGUAAAAUAUGCCAGUUCUCUCUUAUGUGUCAUCAGGUUGGACUAAACAAUAUUGUCUGAUUCAGACCCAAUGAAAAAUUUAAAAUUGCCUUUUUAACAGUCUGUGUUUGCAUCAUGCUGUGCAGUGAAAGAGUCUUUCAAAGAUUUGUAGUGAAGCAAAUUAAUUUACCUCCUCUAGAUGGUUAUUCUGACUCAUUAAUGGACAGCUACGAAGGAGUCACGGAAUAAACUAGAUCCUUAAGAGUUAAGUUACGAGCACAUUUUGAGGAAGCUUUUUUUUCUUGUUUUAUCAAAUGUUCUUGAGCAGUUAAACAUAUACAGUCAAAGGAAAAUUCAUACAGCAGUUAACUAAUGCUGAUAACCUGAAAAAACAUAAGGAGACUCCCAUGACUGUUUUCUACCCACUGUAAAAGGAAAAAAAGGCAGAACAUUUUUACAUCUCUUUUUCAGAAAGGAUUUUAAUUUCACUAUUAAAUUGGAGAAAUCCCUUUACAAACAACAAGAAAAAGAUGAUGAUACUAGUGCAAAAUUUAGAGAAUCUAGAAACCGAGAUCACUUCCUCAGCUACCUUUUAAAUAACUAAAUAUUUCACAUGCCUUUCUUAGGGAAUGUUUAUCUUAUUUCCAUACAUAAGAGCCAGAGAAAUAGCACUUACAGCAGAUCAACGGGCCAUGUCAACAAUGACUAAGCUUAUGGUAUUGCACAGUACAUUGGAAAAUGCACUGACAAAAGUGUCAAGAAAAUUAUAUUCCCCAAAGUCUUUCAGAUUGCCCAGUUCUGGAUACCUCUACUACUAGGAAACAGUAACAGAUAGAAAUGCACCAAGAGGAUCCUUGUAGCACUUCUUACUAUCUGUGCCUGAAACCAUAAAGAACAGGCAGAUCUCUGAAGGGUAUUUUUGUUUCAAAACUUGAUAUAGUCACUUGUAAUCCUAGCACAAACACUUCAGCAGUAUGGUGGUAUAUGGCCAACAUAUACCAUAUACAUUAAUACAGCACUUUAUGAUGUUUGCUAUAAGGCUUUGGUAGAGGAAGAAAAGACUGACACGCAACUGUUGUAAUCCCACAUGCUUCAGCACACAGCGAUACAUGCCCCUAUGACAUUAGCAGAUGAGCACUGACAGCUGGAUGAUGCACAUAACUCUAAAUGUCAUGUUUGUGUUUAUAGCACUUCAACAAAUUGAAAAUAGCUGCAGAAUGGGAAUUUCUCUGGAAUUUGAUCUGAAUGGCCUUCCAAACUCCUACCUAGUAGUUCUCUCAAUAGGAUGGACGGGCUGCAAAAGUAUUAUUGGCCACAACUUCAAAGGCAACUGUUUUGACAAUAAUGCCAUCAUGAGGAGUUGCUUCUCACAUACACACAUUCCAGCCCCUGCCCCCUUCCACACUUUGUUGUGCUGGUAUGCCUGGCUAUGUAGUAGUGCAAUAAACUGAUCAGGUUAAAAGUUACCAUCAUUGUUUCUUCACUUAGUUAGACUAGAGUAGUUCAUUCGGAAGGGACCUUCAGAGAUGAUCUGGUCCAACUUCCUGACCACUUCAAGGCCAACCAAAAAUGAAAACAUUAUUGAGGGCAUUGUCUAAAUGCUUCUUGAACACUGACAGGCAUGGGGCAUCAACCACCUCACCAGGAAGCCUGUUCCAGUGUUGGACCAGCACCCUCACGGUAAAUAAUUUUUUCCUAAUGUCCAGUCUCAGCCUCCUGUGGCACAGCUCUGUGCUAUUCCCUCAUGUCCUGUCAUCGGUCACCAGGAAGCAAAGACUGACACCUCCCUCUCCAUUCCCCUGCUCAGGAAUUUGUAGCAUAACGAGGUGAUCUCUCAGCCUUCUUUUCUCCAGACUAGACAACCAGGCAUCUUCGGCCUCUCCUCAUAGAGCAUGCCCUCCAGCCCUUUUACCAGCUUUGAUGCCCUCCUCUGGAUGCUUUCAAGGACCUUAACAUCUUGUUUCUACUGUGGAGACCUGAACUGUACACAAUAUUCAAGCUGAGGUUGCACCAAGGCUAAACAUAGUGGGAGAAUCACCAGAAUUGGCUGGCUAUGCUGUGUUUAAUGCACCCCAAAGUGCAGUUUGCCCUCUUGGCUGCCAGGGCACACUGAUGAUUCAUGUCGAGCUUGUUGUUGACCGGCACCCCAGAUCCUUUCUUGUCUCCCAGCUGUUACUUUUAGCAGCGAGAAAUUCUCUUAUCUAUUGGGUGGUUACACAGAAAUGUGAGCUAUCUUAGCUAUGUGGAGAAUAAGCCAUAGGAAAAAGAGAGGACUGCACCAGAAGCAAGGGCAGUGAGUACUUAUGGAUGGCACUGCCACUGUAGCGUUUUGUGACAUUGCCUCUUAACUUUAUGCAGCAUGUCAGUUACAGUAGCCUACAGAAUAUGUGGACUUUGGAUGGUAACCAGCUGGAAAGGUGGCCUUCCUAAUUCAAAAUCUACUUAAAAAAUAGGUUUGUUUGUUGACUAAAUGAUUUUAUAUGUACUUUUGUCUUAAUAUUGUUAUGUUGGAGGGAAAAUAGAGACUGUAAUUUAAAAACGUGUGAUCUGUUAUCAUAGUAAUAUAUAUAUUUAUAUAUGUAUAGGAAAUGUAUUAUUUAAUACAGCAUAUUAUGCUUGUAUCUUGCUAACAUUUCAUAGGAAGAAAAUAUGUUAGAUUACAUUCUGAGAAAAAAUAAAUAUUCUAUACAUUGUAACCACAGUAAAAUUUGAAGAUAAUUUAUUGAUAUGUGUGACUGAAAAGCACUGAGAACAGAGUAACGCAGACUCUCAAUUUUGUUGCAGAAUAGGUGCUGAUGAAACAAUUGCUUAAGAUGCUCUGUCUUCCUUUGAAUCUCAUGCCUAGAUUGUAAGUGUAUUUGGCCAUUCAUCAGAUUCUGAAAAUCCAUCUGCAUGUAUUUUCAGGACCAUUUUAACAUCCAACACCUUCAUCUGCUUUUUCAAUCAAGCAUUAACAACAUCAUCUUAUUUAAGACAUGUUUUUGACAGUUUUUCUAUAGCCAGUACAGUUUUGAGGAGUUUUAAAAACACUGCUCAUCCAGACAACCCAACAGUAUUGCAGAAUUAUGGUCUCUGUAUUCCAAGCUCCCCUGGCAAUACUAUAAAUAUGAGAUUUUUUACUGAUAGCCCUGGAAAAUGAAUCUACUUUCUGUAUGAGUAUAGGUGAACACAUCAGCAGGCAAUUGGCCUGCCACUAAAUGAGCAGGACUAUUCCAGUUCAAUCUUCUGCUUAAUAACCUUUCUCAGGCAGUGGAAAAGACUGCCAAAUAUUUUCUAGUGCACUACUUUGCCUAAUGGAAAGGUCUACUACAAAAACAUAACUCCUGACAAAGACUUGCUCAACUAUUACGUAAUAGCCUGCAAAUAAGUGUUUCACAAUCCUCUAAAGAAAUACAAUUCAGUGAUAGUUCCACCUGAAAAUUAUUCUAGACAUUUUUGAACAAAGUUAUCAUUCUACUACCUUGAGAUCUUGAGAGUGAAAAAUAUAAUUGCCUUCAGAUUGUGUCGUUUUUCUAUAGCAAUAUCCCCACAACACAUACAUUUAAUGCAACUCAUUGUUUCACAUCUUUAUUGAGCACUUGUGCUUUGGGAUAAAAUUAGGCAUUCUGAAUCUCAGUCUCAAGACAAUUUACUGUAAAUCCAAAGGAUAUCACAUGAACCAAAUAAGACUGUCAAGAAAACAGAUCAAACUUGAAAUUACUCACCACUGAAAUAUGUGUUGUGCCUAUGUGUGGUCAUCUUGUGUUCAGCAAAUGGCUGUAAUUAACAAUUAUAAAAAAUUAAACACAGUGAAUUUCUGCA